AUGUCAUCCCAAUCGACAGGGUCGUCGUCCUCCUACAGCGGCGCUUCCUCGUCCUCCGCCGGUGCCAUCGUGGCCUCCUCUAUUGCCAUGGUCGCGGCGGCAUCGAUUGCGGCCGCUACCUCGGCGGCCUCCCUCACAGCCGCAGCCGCCGCCGUCGUCGCCGCUUCCGACGCCCGGUCGUCGUCCUCCUACAGCGGCGCUUCCUCGUCCUCCGCCGGUGCCAUCGUGGCCUCCUCUAUUGCCAUGGUCGCGGCGGCAUCGAUUGCGGCCGCUACCUCGGCGGCCUCCCUCACAGCCGCAGCCGCCGCCGUCGUCGCCGCUUCCGACGCCCGUAGGGCGACGAUCUAA